GCGGGAAGGAAGGGAGGGGGUCCGCGGGCGCCAUGGUGGAGAAGGAGGCACCCGGCGGCGGCGGCGGCAUCAGCGAGGAGGAGGCGGCGCAGUACGACCGGCAGAUCCGCCUCUGGGGGCUGGAAGCGCAGAAGCGGCUGCGCGCGUCGCGGGCGCUGGUGGCCGGGCUGCGCGGGCUGGGCGCGGAGGUGGCCAAGAACCUGGCCCUGGCCGGCGUGAAGGCGCUGACGCUGCUCGACCACCGCCAGGUGUCUCUGGAGGAUACACAAGGCCAGUUCCUACUUCCAGUGAGCUCAUUGGGUAAGAACAGAGCAGAAGCUUCACUGGAACGUGUUCAGGAUCUCAAUCCCAUGGUUGAUGUGAAGGCAGACCCUGAGAAUGUUGAGCAGAAACCUGAGGAAUUCUUUACUCGCUUUGAUGUGGUCUGCCUUACAUGCUGCACCCAGGAAGUCCUCCUGAAGGUGGACCAAAUAUGCAACAAAUACAGCAUCAAGUUUUUCACUGGUGAUGUCUUUGGCUAUCAUGGCUAUAUGUUUGCCAACCUGGGUGAACAUGAAUUUGUUGAAGAAAAGACAAAGGCUACCAAAGCCAGCCAGGAAGGGCAGGGGGGCUCUGAUCCAAAGAAAGCCAAGCCGGAUCUUGCGGAGACCACCUUGGUGAAGAAGCAUAUUCGUUUUUGCCUCCUAAAAGAUGCCCUGACUCUCAACUGGAGCAGCGAAGGGGCCAAAACAGCCCUGAAACGCACUGCCCCAGAUUACUUCCUGCUGCAAGUGCUUUUGAAGUUUCGGACAGAAAAGGGGCGAGACCCUUCCCCACAGAGUUACGUGGAUGAUGUGGCACUGCUCCAUCAGAUGCGCACGGAUGUGCUGGCCACUUUGGGUGUCGGAACUGACCUGAUUGUGGAUGACUUUGCCAGCUGCUUCUCUGAAAUGGCCCCCGUUUGUGCUGUGGUUGGAGGGGUGCUGAGCCAGGAGGCUGUCAAGGCACUCUCACAACGAGAUCCUCCCCUCAACAAUUUCUUCUUCUUCAAUGGCAUAAAGGGCAGUGGGGUUGUGGAGUGUCUGGCCCCCAACUUCACAUCCUGAUCUGAUGGCCCUGUGUGGCCUUGGGAGGUGGGUUAUGGAUUAUGGAUUCAAUCCCUGAACAGCCAGCCCUCAUAGUGUCUCUUCUCAACUUAGCCCAAAUAAAAUCUACUUUGGUUA